GUCGUAGUGAGCGGUGCUCCUAAGCAGUGGUUUUCCUUUUUUCCUUCUCAACCCCAUACGCUUCAUUCGCAGUAUUCCUCCGUACCUUCGUGUUGUAUUGUCUUUCCGUGUACAAUUAUAUUUUGAAUUGAUUUUAGCAGCCUGGAACAGAAAGCUAGUUUCUGAAGUGCACCUACUAUUUAAACUCCAUCGUCCAUCAAGAGCCAUUUGCAAAGUGUUGUGAAAUCGAUUGUACUGUUUGUAGUUCAUCGGAAAACCGCACAAUCAUGGAGGUGAUUUUCUCCAUAAAUGGCAAGCCUUAUCAAAUCAACGCAAAGAGUGUUCCGGUGGACACCUCAUUGAACACCUUCAUCCGGAAUCAUGCGCAUCUGACGGGCACCAAGUUCAUGUGCCUCGAGGGCGGUUGCGGGGCUUGCGUUGUCAACUUGAGCGGAGUACAUCCGACCACCGGGGAUGCCUUCUCCUAUGCCGUCAAUUCUUGUUUGUUCCCAGCGUUCGCGUGCCAUGGACUGGACGUUACGACGGUCGAGGGUAUCGGUAGCAAGCAAAACGGAUAUCAUGCCACUCAGAAGCUGUUGGCUCAUUUCAACGGAACGCAAUGCGGCUAUUGCUCUCCGGGAAUGAUCAUGAAUAUGUAUUCGUUGCUGGAAGCGAAGCAAGGCAAUGUGACGAUGGAAGAGAUCGAGAACUCCUUCGGUGGGAACAUCUGUCGCUGUACCGGCUAUCGGCCGAUCCUGGAUGCGUUCAAGUCGUUGGCCGUUGACGCUGAUCAGAAGCUUAAGGAUAAGUGUCAGGAUAUUGAGGAUCUUACCAAGAUAUGUCCUAAAACCGGUUCUGCUUGCGCCGGCAAGUGUUCUGCCGCUGGCGCUAAACCGAAUCAACGCAAGGGACUGCAUUUGAGCUUCGAGCAGGACCGCGAGUGGCACAAGGUGUACGAUAUCAGUGACAUUUUUGCUAUCUUCGAGAGCAUCGGCGAUCGUCCUUACACCCUUGUGGGUGGUAACACCGCCCAUGGAGUGUACCGACGAAGCGAGGAUUUGGAAGUGUUCAUCGAUGUCAACGCAAUCGAGGUGCUGCGUAGUCAUUCCUUGGGCACUUCGCUCACCGUUGGUGCAGGAACCACCCUUACCGAGCUCAUGGAGCUGAUGACGAAUACGGCGAAGCGGAAUCCGAGCUUCUCUUACCUGGAGCACUUGGUUCGUCACGUUGACCUGAUUGCCAAUGUGCCCGUUCGAAACACUGGCACGAUUGCUGGCAAUCUGAGCAUCAAGAACCAACAUAACGAGUUUCCUUCGGACUUGUACCUGAUUCUGGAGGCCGCUGAUGCUACGUUGACUGUUUUGGAGGCGCAUGGUAAAACCAGCAUUUUUAAGCCAUCGGAGUACGUUGCGAUGAACAUGAACAAGAAAGUCCUUCUGAAUGUGGUGCUUCCUCCGCUGGAUCCGAAGGAGUACGUUUAUCGAUCGUUCAAGGUCAUGCCUCGAGCUCAGAAUGCUCACGCAUACGUCAAUGGUGCAUUCUUGGUAAAGACGGAGGGCUACAGCAUCGUCUCGAGUAACAUUUGCUUUGGAGGCAUCAAUCCUCAGUUCACGCAUGCCACCAAGACCGAGGCCUUCCUCAGGGGCCGAAAUCUGCUCACCAACGACACUGUGCAGGGUGCAUUGAAGGUUCUGGCCGAGGAAUUGACCCCCGACUGGGUGCUGCCCGAUGCAUCGCCUGAGUACAGGAAGAACCUGGCCUUAUCGUUGUUCUACAAGUUUGUGCUCAGCUUUGCUCCGGAGUCGGUCAAGGACGAGUUCAAAUCGGGAGCAACCGUUCUCGAACGUCCUCUGUCGUCAGGAACCCAGAAGUUUGAUACAAACAAGGAGAACUGGCCGCUCAACAAGGAUGUUCCCAAAAUCGAAGGACUGCUGCAAACAUCCGGCGAGGCCAAGUACUCCAACGAUUUACCGGCGUAUCCCAAUGAGUUGUACGCAGCGUUUGUGCAAGGAACGGAGGCUCACGCAAAGAUACUCGCUAUUGAUCCAUCUGAUGCUUUGAAACUUCCUGGUGUGGUAGCAUUCUACACGGCCAAAGAUAUCCCCGGUGCGAACAACUUCAUGUACUUUAAGGGCUUCAUGGGACCGCACGAUGAGGAGAUUUUCGCCAGCGAGAAGGCCCUCUAUCACGGUCAACCAAUCGGGCUCAUAGUGGCCGAUACCUUCAAUCAAGCAAAUCGUGCCGCCAAGCUGGUGAAGGUGCAGUACGACAAACCGGACAAGGUGCGCCUUCCAACCGUCAAGGAAGUGCUGCGUGCCAAGGCAACCGAACGUCUGCACGACAUGCCGUACAGCACGCUGGGCGAAGCGUUUGAAGCUGCUCCACAGGGAGAGGUGAAGGUGAAGGGACGGUUCGAGAUCGGAGGCCAGUACCACUACACGAUGGAGACGCAAACCACCGUGUGCAUCCCGAUCGAGGAUGGGAUGGAUGUGUACUCGUCGACCCAAUGGAUCGACUUCACGCAGAUUGCCAUCUCCAAAAUGCUGAAGGUACCGGAGAACAGUCUCAAUCUGUACGUGCGCCGUCUGGGCGGUGGUUACGGUGGCAAAGGUACCAGAGCUACGUUGGUUGCUUGUGCAGCGGCACUGGCGGCCCACAAAACACAGCGCCCGGUGCGUCUUGUACUGACACUGGAAGCAAACAUGGAAGCCAUCGGAAAACGCUACGGCGUUGUAUCGGACUACGAAGUGGACGUGCAGAAAGAUGGCAAAAUCACGAAGCUGUACAAUGAGUACGUACACGACUUCGGUUCCUGUCUGAACGAAUCCAUGGGACACUGUGCGGAGUUUUUCAAAAAUUGCUACGAUAGUAAAGCGUGGAAAACGGUGGCGAAGGGAGCGCUUACAGAAUCGGCCAGUAAUACCUGGUGCCGUGCUCCUGGUACCACCGAGGGCAUCGCAAUGGUCGAGACGAUCAUGGAGCACGUAGCGCAUGCCACCGGACUGGAUCCACUGGAUGUGCGCAUGAUCAACAUGCCGCAGGAUCUGAAGAUGCGUGAACUGAUGCCCCAGUUCCGGGCUGACGUUGAGUAUGAUGCGCGGCGCAAGGAGAUCGAGCAGUUUAACCGCGAGAACCGCUGGCGUAAACGGGGUCUUGCCAUUACUCCGAUGAGAUACCCGCUUGGCUACUUCGGAUCAAUAACUGCGCUUGUUUCUAUAUACCACACGGAUGCAACGGUCGUCAUCACGCACGGUGGCAUCGAGAUGGGUCAAGGCAUGAACACCAAGGUCGCCCAAGUGGCGGCCCACAUCCUUGGCAUUCCGAUGAGCUUGAUUAAGAUUAAACCGAGCAGCAAUAUGACGUCACCUAACGCUAUUUGUACGGGCGGAUCAAUGACCUCUGAGACAGUGUCCUUUGCUGUAAUGAAGGCGUGCCAGAUAUUGCUGGAGCGUAUGAAACCGAUCCGGGAUGAGAUGAAGGACGCCUCCUGGGAGACGAUCGUUGAGACUAGCUUCUUCAAGAACGUUGACCUGUGCGCCACCUACAUGUACAAGGCGUCCGAUCUGGAGGGUUACAUCAUCUGGGGUCUUACGUGCGCUGAGCUGGAGAUUGAUGUGCUGACCGGAAACGUGCAGCUGCGUCGUGUCGACAUUCUGGAGGAUACGGGUGAAAGUUUGAGCCCGGGCGUUGACGUCGGUCAGGUGGAGGGUGCGUUCAUCAUGGGCGUCGGUUACUACCUAACGGAGGCCCUCGUGUACGAUCCGGAAACGGGAGCCCUGCUGUCGAAUCGUACCUGGACCUAUAAGCCACCGGGUGCUAAGGACAUUCCGGUCGAUUUCCGGGUGCGCUUCCUGCAGAACAGCAGCAAUCCGACGGGUGUGCUGCGCUCGAAGGCUACGGGAGAACCGGCCAUGAACAUGACGAUCGCCGUGCUCUGUGCCCUGCGCAAUUGCAUUCUUUCGGCCAGAAAGGAUGCCGGUUUGCCGAACGAUUGGAUAGCGAUGGGUGCACCGUCGACGCCGGAUCAGGUGUACUUGAUGGCAGGCAACUCCGCCGAACAGUACUUGCUCAACUGAGCUGGUGGCGUCUUUUCAUGCUUUUAGUUGUUAUAAACCAUGUUAGUUAUCGUUUGAAACGAAUUAAUAAAAUAUCUUUUAUUCGCACAAUUA